AUGCCAACAUUUGUUCGUCGUCUGGUCAGUAAAAACAAGAAGAGACUCCAGGAGGAUAAUUUUGAUCUCGAUCUUACCUAUAUUACCGAUAAUGUUAUUGCUAUGGGUUUUCCAAGUGAAGGAGUAGAAUCAAUCUAUAGAAAUCCACGUGAUGAAGUUGUUGAUUUUCUCUCUACAAAACACGGAAACAAAUAUAAGGUUUAUAAUUUGUGUUCCGAAAGAGAUUACAAUGAUGAAAUAUUCGAAGGGAGAGUGGCUCGUUUCCCAUUUGAUGAUCACCAAUCUCCAUUAUUUGAUUCGGUUUUGGAAUUUUGUGUCGAUGUUCAUGAAUUUUUGAAGGAUGGAAAGAAUAAUGCUGCUGUUGUUCACUGUAAGGCAGGAAAGGGAAGAACUGGAGUAAUGAUUUGUUGUUAUUUAUUAUUCAGUCAAACUUGUAAGACAGCUCUUGAUUCUUUGCAUUUCUAUGGUGAUAAGAGAACUAAGGAUGCAAAAGGUGUGACUAUUCCAUCUCAGAGAAGAUAUUGCUACUAUUUUGAACAAUAUUUGAGAAAUCAAUUUGCAUUGAGAGGAUCUGUUAAAUUACAUCGUGUUACAUUGAGAGAAUACACAAAAUCCAAGUAUUACAUUACAAUUAAGAAUUUAAAGAGAGAGGAAGUUUUCAGUUCAAAACAAGAUCAAAAUGUAACUUCAAGUGAUGAUAGAGUUGUUAUUGAUCUUAAGGAACCAAUUGAAUUAACUGGUGAUUUCAAGGUUGUUUGUGUAAAGAAUGGAGUGAAUGUAUUGAAAUCUAAUAAUUUGUUACACUGUUGGUUGAAUACAAGAUUUAUUACAAACUUGGUCAAGAAUACAAGUCCUGGAAAUGGUAUGGGUGUAAAUGCUUAUCAUAAUUCCCUCGAUGAAAAGAUUCCACUCGUGAAAGCUAUCAGUUUGGGAUUACAUGCCAAGGCAGAAGAAAAAAUUGCACCAGAAAAUGAUGAACGACUUAAGAAUGGUAAAUUUGUAACAGUUUCAUUGACAAAGGAUGAAUUGGAUGGACCACAUUCUGACAAAAACCACAAAACAUUCUCUGAAGAUUUCCAAGUUGACUUGACUUUUGAAAUUUGUAACACUGAUAAGGUUGAAGAUGAUUCCUACUUGCUAGGAUUAAUACCAAAAGAGUUCUUAACAGACCAAUCAAAGAGACUUUCAGUUGGUGCCUCAACAAGAAGACAAUCAGCAGUAACCAGAGGUUUAAUCAUUGACAGUCAUGAUGAUGAUUCUGUCGAUAUUAUUGAUGAAACUGCAACUACACCUCCAAGCACUUCAUCCUCAGUGGUUGUGUCUAAUGAGCAACAAACUCAAAAUGAAUCACAACAGCAACAGGGCACACUUUUCCAAUAA